CGGGAAAAGCGCACCGACCGACGCCAACGCCCCCGCUGACAUCACGGCGCAACUCUGAGCUCGAGGGGCGGACGUCCAGCCAGACGAACGUGCGCAGUGCGCACAUGCGCACGAGUGAGCCUAUCACGUCCAGGUCGUGAGCGCGCGCGGACACGCAGCUUGUGUCGCGCCGGAGGCGUCACGUGGGAGUACCUGAGAGAAGGAGACUACCCGGGCUCCGCCGUCGGGAGAGCACCUCCACCCUUUCCAAAAAUGCCCCGGAAGUGCCUUCGCCCUCAGUAAAGAUGGCCGUAGCACUUAGCAUGAAGGAGGCGGGGCUGCGCCUGCGCAACAAGCUCGGCGGGGAAGAUGGCGGAUGACAAGGAUUCUCUGCCCAAGCUUAAGGACCUGGCAUUUCUCAAGAACCAGCUGGAACGCCUGCAGCAGCGUGUGGAAGACGAAGUCAGCAGUGGUGUGAGCCAGGAUGGCUCGCUCAUGUCCUCCCCAUUCCUCAAGGGCUUCUUAGCCGGCUAUGUGGUGGCCAAACUGAGGGCAUCAGCAGUAUUGGGCUUUGCUGUGGGUACCUGCACUGGCAUCUACGCAGCUCAGGCAUAUGCCGUGCCCAAUGUGGAGAAGACACUGAGGGACUAUCUUCGGUCAUUGCGAAAGGGGCCUGACUAGCUCUGGAUCCCAUGGGGGAGGAAGGAUGAGCACCUCGGGCCUGCAGGGAGAGGCCUUUCAACCACAGACACCAUAUUUGGCUUCCCCACCUAUCACCCUCUUGCUAUCUCCAACUUGUCCACAGCCUUCAUCCUUGCUUUCCUUCCUGCAGAGGGUAAACAGUGGCUUAUCAGCCAGCAGUUGGGACGCCCCUCCUUAACCCCAUGGGACUGGCCCCGAGACUGUGGCUUCUAGGGCCACCAGCCCCUUCGUCUUCCAGCCCUGACUGUGGAGUUUGCAGCUGACUCUGAUUCUCAGUAUUCUCUCUAGCGAUGUACCACGGCUCCUCCGUCUUGCGAGCUGGCUCCAUACUGAUGUUCCCCAAACUUGUUACAAUUCCUGCUGCCUCCUUGCUAGCUACACAGGCCACC